AUGGCCUCCGAUGCCGUCAACCACCCAAGUCCCGCCGGCUCCGUGGCUUCAUCGGUGACCCCCGGCCUGAAUUACAAUAAUAAUAAGCGUAGUGCUCCGGACCACCCAAGCCCGGCUGGCCCCGGGAAUGCCGAAGUUGUCACUCCCGCCGGCGCCGGCACGUCGCCCGCUUCUCAACCACCCGGCGAUUCAAACAAGAAACGCCGUGUCGGUCCUGGCUCCAGGGGCGUCGCCAACCUGACGCCGGAGCAACUGGCCAAGAAGCGCGCCAACGGUGAGCACAAACUUCUCUCGCUCACCCACCCACUCAUCCCAUGCCUCACUGCACACAUGACUUUCUCGUACUCCGUGAUCUUCACCUUCCGUCCCAUUUCCAGCAUUCCUUCGAAACUAGUGCUCGCUGUCGUCCUCACCACCCCCUGUUCGCUCACGGCACACCACCCUCGCACACAUACAUCCUUCUCCACAACAUUGACUGGCUCCUCCUCCCCCCUUUCCCACCUCGAUGACGACACACCCGCUAACCGAAGUUCCCAUCGGCCCCGAUCAGACAGGGAAGCCCAGCGAGCCAUCCGCGAGCGCACAAAGAACCAGAUCGAGAACCUGGAGCGCCGUAUCCAGGAGCUGACCUCCCAGCAGCCCUACCAGGAGCUGCAGGCCGUCCAGAGGGCCAAGGAGGCCGUCGAGGCCGAGAACGCGGACCUGAAGCGCCGUCUGGCCACCUUCAUCGCCUCUAUCCAGCCUCUCAUCUCUGCUUCUCCACCGAGCCAACGUAAGUUCGUUAUGCUCGGGGCAGACGUAUCUUUGACUAACACCAUAUCAAACUCAGCGCCACCGCCGCCGGCAGACCACCCUGCCGUCUUCCCAUCUCCAAGCGGCAGCUACUCUCACGUCCACCAGCACAACGGGCCCAUCUCAGCACACAAUGCCUCAACGCCCAACAGUGCGGCCUCCCCGGCCUCCAUCGACCCGACCGCCGGCUGGCAAACGACGCCCAACGGCAGCGGUGGUGGAGGAGGAGGAGGAGGAGGUCCUGUCUCGGACCUCUCCCCCCCGAACCACAUGUACGCCGCGAGCAAGAUGCUCGACCAGCAGCGGCAAGGGCUCCGCCACGGCCUCGACCUCGGCCCGGAGCGUCUCGGUCUAGAUUUCCUCCUCGACCAGAACGCCCGCGUCGGCAAGAUCCAGAGCGGCGUCAACGGCGCCCAGGACACGCCGAGCUACAACCACGUGCCCAUGAAGCACGACUGGACCGGCGUCGGCCCCGUCACACACAGCCGGAGCCCUUCCCUCAGCGGGCCGACCGUCCACACCCCGCGGUCACAGGUCGACUAUCCUCAGCAGCAGUCGCAAGGACAGCAACAACAACAGCAACAGCCGUCAUCCUCCGCGCCCCCAGAAUCCCGAGCCCUAGGCCACCACACAGCCGAAGUAAAAAACUGUGGCCCAACCUGCCCCCUCGACAGCCUCCUCCUCGACUUCCUCCACGAGCGCCGCCAACGCGCCGCAGACGGCCUCUCCACCCACGAGAUCAUCGGCCCGCGCUACCCCUCCGUCCUCUCCCUCCUCAACCCGGCGAACAGCAAAUACUCCCACCCGCUCUCCAAAGUCUUCACCGACAUCCUCGCCACCUUCCCCGACCUCUCGGCCCUCCCGCAGCGCGUCGCCGUCCUCUACAUCAUGUUCCUCAUCAUGCGCUGGCAGAUAUCCCCCACCCAAGAAAACUACGACCGCCUGCCCGAGUGGGCGCGCCCUCGCCCCGCGCAGCUGUUCACCGAGCACCCGGCCUGGAUCGACCACGUCCCCUUCCCCGCGAUGCGCGACAAGCUGUGCCGCGACUAUAACCCGCGCGAGUACCUCUUUGACAACUUCUUUGUGCCCUUCACCACGACGCUGAGUCUGAAUUGGCCGUACGAGGAGACGGAUACGCUGCUGCAGGUGCCGGAAUCGGACGAGGUGCUGAUUAACCCCGUCUUUGAGCGGCACCUGCGGAGGCUGGAGAAUUGGACGUUGGGCCAGGCUUUCAACCAGACGUUUCCUAAGCUGAGGGAGACGUAUAAUUUGAAGGAGUGA